AGAACAUUGCACACUCGUAGAGACUCGGAUAAGAAGGCUUGAAUUGCUAGCCAAGUAAUAAACUUACUCUUCCAGUCACCAUAACACAGCACGUUUUGCAAGAAAUGGGAAGAUACACAAGCUACGAAUUGACACAGCGAUUGAGCCACGACUUUGCUACGGAAAAGCCACGCAAACGGGCUAACUACGACCAACCAUCUGCUAACGCUUUACGAGAGCGAAUAAGAGCUCAAAAUCUCAAAAAAGCUUACAUAGAAUUGCAGAAAACGCUACCUAAUGUACCUCCAGACACGAAGCUUCCUCGCCUGAACAUCCUUCUUCUUGCCAUAGACCAUAUAGAGCAUUUGAUGAAUGUUCUCUCACAAGAAACUGCUCUUACAAACGAAAGGCUGCCGAGAAAGGAAAAUAUGAUUCAACCCUUCAUCAAGAAAUGGCCCGCAAGAACACAGUUAUUUGCUGAGACACCUCAACAACCACCUCCAGUUGAAUACCUACCAAGUUGUAUGUUUGAAACGAGAAGGAACUCAUACCAACGCUAAUGACGCGAGGACUCGCCCUAUUGUACAGCGGCUCCACCUUGAUGUCACCUCAAUACGAAUUUAUCAGUUGUACAAAGAUGAACAAAGUUCUAAAAUAUUCAGCUUGCUAAUCGUUAUUGUAAGACUGGCAUUUACUAACCAGUCAUAUUUCGACUUGUUGUAGACAGUUGCUGCGAAUUUUCCGCGUCAAAGAAGGCCGGAUUCAUAUAAGAGUGUAAAAUUGGUAACGAGGCGAAGGCUGAAUCAGAAUGCCUGCUCGAAACUAAGAAAAAAAACAUUUUGAUGACUUUUUUGGAUGAAUUGUGAUUUUAUGAUAAAACAUUCAUAUAAAUAACACGAUAGGACAUGAAAAUGUAAAGAUAUGCGUUGUAUUCACGACAUUAUAUAUUAAACCAAUAAAUGAAAGAUUUGAGUUGUA